AGUACUGCAGAGCGCAUGCGCAGUCACGUUUUUGGUGAAAAGGACGUUAGUAGAAAACAAAGCGACUGCCUGCUUCCUUGAAUCUAAGCUUCCUUAAAACUUUGUACAUUUUAUUUAUCUUUACCAUACUUUCUCUUUCGUAUACGAAAACAUCGAGGCGGCCUUAAGCUUUUCGCUGUAUUUUAGUUACUCAGUUACUAAGUUGGACUCUCAAUAAACUUAAGAUGGCGACAGCAGACGACUCGCGAUACUACAACGAGCAUGAUGAUCGUGUUGGUGGACCCAAACACCGCCAUAGGAAAGGCAGGGGGCCUUUCAGAGCACCUCUGUACAGUGACCAGAUCUCGAGGCCAAGGCAUCGAGGAGGGCAUGGAGGAGGUGGAGGGCCUGGUCCCAGAGCCAGAUUCGAGGAUGACGAUGGAGAUAUAGCUAUGGCAGAAGAGUCUCAUGAUGGGGCAUCACAACGACGAUUUACUCCUUAUGCACGGCCACAGAAUCGACGUGAAGGUCGUAGAGGUGGAAGAGAGGGAGGAGGAGGUGGAGGGGGUGAUGGUGGAAACCACAGGGGUCAAGGAGGAAGAGGUGGUGGUGGAGAGGGAGGAGGAGGAGGUGGAGGCCGUAAGAAAUGGUUCAAGAUGACUAUUCCCCAUGGGAAAAAAUAUGACAAGCAGUGGCUUCUCUCUGCACUUCAGAAUCUCUGCACAGUGCCGUUCCAUGCAGUUCACUACCAUACAGAUGGCAACAAAGCACAGUUCUACAUUGAUGAUGGUGCCACAGCAAAUGCUUUGCUCAAAGUGUCAAGAAAAAUCACAGACAAGGAUGGAUAUAAGAUAGCAGUUUUGAUGAACACUUGCCCACCACCCAAUUUGAUUCAUCAAGACCUAAAACCAGAAGACCUUGAGCACUUGAAGCAAUGCCUGUCUAAGCGUUUUGAUGGAUCACAACAGGCCCUCUGCUUGAACAACAUUCGAGUUGAUCCAGAUUUGGUUUCUCAGAAUAUCGAGGUUAUGUUAAACAGGAAAAACUCCAUGCAAGCAGUCAUCAAAAUCAUUGAAGAGAACAUCCCUGAGCUGGUUUGUUUAAACCUAAGCAACAACAGGUUGUACAGGCUUGAUGACCUUGCUGACAUUGUCAACAAAGUGCCCAAUCUGAAGAUUCUGAAUCUCUCACACAAUGAGUUAAAGUCUGAGAGAGAGCUGGACAAACUGAAGGGCCUGAGGCUGGUGGAGUUGUCAUUGGACCGGAACCCCCUGUGCGAUCAUUUUAAAGACCAGGCAGACUACAUUAGUGCCAUACGGGAGAGGUUCCCCAGACUGCUCAAACUGGACGGACAUGUUCUUCCUGCUCCUAUUGGCUUUGACCUGGAGGUUGCCCCUCCGGUUUUGCCCCCAUGCAAGCCCAGUUACUUCUGCUCAGAAGAACUCAAAAGCCUCAUCCUGUGCUUCCUUCAGCAGUAUUACACUAUAUAUGACUCUGCGGACAGACAGCCCCUGCUUGAUGCCUAUCAUGAUGGAGCAACUUUCUCACUUAUCAUUCCUUUCUCCAUGCAGAACCCUUCCAAAUGCAGUUUGGGAGAAUACCAGAAGGACAGUCGCAACAUCAAACGAGUGAGAGAUUCCACCACACGGUUUCGCUUGCUGAAGCACACACGACUGAAUGUGGUUGCAUUCCUGAACGAGCUUCCAAAAACCCACCAUGAUAUUGCCUCUUUUAAUGUUGACGUCAACACCUACACUAAUACACUGUUGUCAUUCACGGUCAGUGGAGUAUUCAAAGAAGUGGAUGGUAAAUCAAGGGACUCAUACAGAGCAUUCUCUCGGGUUUUCAUUGCUGUGUCUCCUGGAAAUGGAACUCUGUGUAUUGUGAAUGAUGAGAUGUUUAUCCGGAACGCCACAACAGAGGAGAUUCGGCGGGCGUUUGUGGCCCCGGCCCCAACCCCCUCGAGCAGCCCUGUGCCCACGCUGUCUGCCACACAGCAGGAAAUGCUCUCUGCUUUCUCACUGAAGUCUGGCAUGAACUUGGAGUGGUCUCAGAAAUGCCUCCAAGACAAUGACUGGGAUUUUGACAGAGCUGCUCAGAUCUUCACAGACCUUAAGGUCCAAGGAAAGAUCCCAGAUGUCGCUUUCAUAAAGUGAUUUUUUUUUUUUUUUUUUAAUUGAAUGUUGUUUUGUCCUAAUGUGAGCUUAAGAACAUUGCUUUGACUUAGUCUUUGUUGCUGAUGUAAUUAUUAUUAAAAUACUGAUUAUUGUUUUUGGUGCUGCUUUUUUCCCCCCGAACUAUUUACACAGUGUACCAGCGUGUAAAGCUUGUUUAUGUGACUGUAGCUACUUAAUUAAAAAUGUUAAAAGGAAA